GUUUCAAGGGAGCUAAAGCGUGUGAAUGAAACCCGUUCUGGAGAGCUUUAAUUCAGUUUUCGGUGUAAAGGAAUUAAAAAUUCACCAUAUCUGUGACUGGAAGAAGCGUAAACAUGGAAGGCAGCAAAGAAAUGAAAUGUUCUUGGGGUGCAAUUGUACUAACUUGUCGCAAAAGACAAAGUGCGUUUGCUUUUCAACGAGGUAAGACGAUAUUAAUUAUUCAUCUUUUCUGGUUGUCGAACCUAUGUCAUCGAAAAAUCGACAUUACGGCCGUUUAUAAUAGAGAAAAUAAGCCGCGGGUAGACGCGAAAGGUACGAAAGGCUUAUAAAAUGCGAACUGCCUUAGGGAGCCCAAACGCUUAUGAAUCGUUUUGGAAGGGAUUUGAACUGGAGAUAGAGGACUUUCAUGUGAAUGGAACGCGAAAGUUAACCUUUACGUCUUCGAUUGAUAGUAAGGCGUGAUUGUCGCGCGGCAGAUCCCGCGAGAGGGGGAAAGAGAUGGCCCUCGAAAAAUUGCGGUACUUUCAGUGUCGGCGGCUAAAGGUGAACAUUUACCUCGCCUAGCCACCUCCGUUUCGGUGAAUAAUGAUGAUUUUAAACUCAUUUAUUGCUGCCAAGGAUUAACGGCCGUCAUGUUUUCUUGCCAACAAAUACAGCAUUUGAAGGAUUUGUUUAGUUGCGGGGACAUUUCUUCCAAGGGAGUCAUACGUGCCGUAUUUGAUUUAGUUUAAAGCUUAUUUAUGAAACGUGUCACCUGAAUGAAUUAUCGCGAGACUUAAUUUGCAUAAAAUUGUAAACAAGAAACUUUUCCACCAGUUUCAUUGAUAAAUCAGGUUUAUAGACAAAGCUACGCCUUCUUUGUAAAUAAACUAGGAAUAAUCGGACCUUACGAGAGUGCGUUCGAUAUGUUUGUUAGGCAGGUAUCAGUUGAUGGGGAAGGGUGGAUGGUUCUUGCGAUAGAUAACUGAUUAUGGUAUAUUUUGAACGUAAGGGUUGCGUGCAGCGAAACCUCUAUUCAAACUGUGUAUCAUUAUGAAAAGGUUUUGAAGGCUAGUGAUCAGAGUGAUAUCUUGGUUCGUCUCAAGUGCUUGUAUUAAAUCCACCAUCCAUCUUAAAGUCUCGGUGUGUUAUCUUGUAAUGACCUGAAGUGAAAAUUAAUGAACCAACUACGUAUACGUACAUCAACAACAAUGGUUGUCUGUCACGCUUGACUAAUCUUGUUUUGCAGUUGACAAUCGAGUCAAGAGCCAUCGAGUUAAUAUCGCUUAACAAGUGCAUUGUUUUAAAUGCAUAUAUGGUUUUAAUGUAUAUAUUGUAGAUAAUUUUCUAUAUCAGGAAACUUUUAUUUUUUCGCGUUGUUGGGUAUGAUAUUAUGUACGCUAAUGAAUUUGAAACAAAGGAAAAACAAAAAUUAUCUGAAAUAAAAAAAAAAUAGCUGCAACAUAUAUUAAACAGUGAAUUCCUAAUUCCUUCAACUCCGGUCAUAUUAAUGUCCCGGUGCCUUUUCUGCAAGAGGCCAUCUAAUAGAGUGAUCGAAUAAAAUUGUUUAGCUGGGAAUUUUCAGAUCAAAUUUUGCAGCAAAAAAGUCUAUAUUUAUGUGGCAAACUGUGCCAUUUCCUCGGGGUAUAUAAUUUGGGCAUAGAACAAUUACCGUGUCAUUUUAUUGAUAACAUUUAAUUUGAAAAUUUCAGAGGCUACAAGGUGUCCAAAAGCUAGCUAAUUAGCCUUAAACUGGCAGUUGAGUUUGUUUUUUGGUGCAGAUCAUGCAAUUUCAUAUCCUUCUAGAUAACAGUUUCUUUCUCCAUUAGAACUUGAAAUACUUCAAAACAAAGGAUUUAUUGAAAAAGAUGUGCUGAUUUUGACCUUGGAGGAUCCCAAAGGUGGCGUUGGAAGUGGUGGUGCCACGCUUAAUGCCUUACUUGUGGUCACAGAACAUCUGAGUGCUAAAGCAGGCUUUGGGGUUGGUAAUAAUUAUGACUGUAUAACUGACUAUUUUUACUUAAGACCUUUUCUAUUAGAACAUUUUUUUUGUCUCAUGUGCACACUUAGAUGCAACCAACUGUAACUGUCUGUCUCAAAGAGGGAUGUAGUUCAGGGGCACCCAACAAGGAUAUAGUUCAAAACCACUUAACAUAGCAUUGUUGAACGUAUUUUAGUAUUCCAACGGUAGAUAUAGGCAUAUUUUUAUCCCCUAAAAACUUUUCAUCUGGUCGGAUUUCCUAGCUGAAAGUCGAGUGAUCCGAAAAUUAUAGGGAUAAAAACUUACCUUCUCGAAAAUUUCAGCCAGGAAAAGGCUCCCGAAAAUUCUAGGUGGCCUUUCUUAGGGUCAAAAUCCGUUAAAAAUGGGUAAUCAUACCAUUUUGUAGAUGUUCAAAAAUCCUAGGAGAGGCAGGCAAGCAAGAAAUUUUACAACAAAUGCUCCAAGAAUUUUAGAUCUAAAAUUGUCUUCCGAACAGAUAUUUUCUGGAAAAUUGCCGUUGUGUGUCCCUGGGUGUUGGCCGUAUUAUAAUCAGUUGUAGAUAACCGUUUAUUAGCUAGCCCCAAUGUCCUGAUUUGCAAAUUUUCCAUACUGAACUCCGCACACACAAAAAAAGUUAUCCUCAAAGAAUUAGUGGAGGGAAUUUAAUUUAUUUAAAGAUAAAAGAUCAAUGCAUUUUCCCUUAGGGUUAUCAUUUCAUUAAUGUAAAAUGAUCACCUUAGGAAAUACUUUGAUCUUUAACAAAUUCAGUUUUCUCACUUAACCCUUUAAGCCCGAUGGUGACCAAGAUCAAUUUUCUCCUAACGAUAUCCAUACCUUGUCAAGAGAUAAGGUUAUGAGAAGUAAUGAAGUUAUCACUAAAGAGAAAAUGCUUUGAUCUUUUAUCAAAUUCUCUUAACUAAUUCUUAAAGGAAAGGUAUAGAGAUCAGUUUGGAGAAUUGGUAUGUGGAUAUUGGGGCUUAAAGGGUUAUUUCUUGAAGGAAAUUUGUUUUUUGUUAGCAAGCCAUACAAUAGAACUUGAUUUACAAACCCUAGUCAGCUGUUUUAUAAAGUUUUAUAAAAUUUUGAUAAAAAGUUUUGUAAAAUUUUAUAAAACCGAAUGGCAAUUCUGUAUUGCAAUUUUUAAAAAAUUUUAUACAUGUUUAUAACGUUUUCCCAUGUAAAAUUGUAUAAAAUUUUAUAAAAGGUAUCAAAAUUAUAUGAAAAUUGUAAAACUUUAUGAAAAGACAAAAAUUGUUGUUGCUAAAUUUUCUUUUAUAAAAUAAUAUAAAAAUACAUAAAACCUUGCUUUGAGACAGAGCAGUUUCAAAUGAUGCUGCAGUUUAAUUUUUCAGAAGUGUGCAAAUGUGACAUUGUCAUAGCAAUAUUGACAGGAACAGACCAACUGACUUUUAUUUCCAUUUUUCUUCCAAAUUACUUUGGUUAUUAAUACACAACACUAAGCAAUUUAAGUUAACAUCAUUCGGUCAGUUCAAGUCGCUGACAAUUCAUAAAAAAUUAACAUGUUUCAUUGCAAAACAUUUAACUUUAAAGACACUCAGAGUUUUCUAACUGAUUCAAUGGCACGAGGGAAAAAUGGCUUAUUUACGCCUUAUAACAAUUUGAAUAAAACCGUGAAAAAACAUGUGAACUGUUCAAUUUCACAUGUUUUCUGACAUGGUUUUCACACCUUUUUCCUAUGGUGUGAAACCAUUGAGACCCUGUGAACAGGGCAUUUUUCACAGGGUCAGAACCUAUGCGAAACUCUGUGAAAAACCCUGUGAGUUUUUAACCUGUGAAAAUACCUGUGAAAGACCCGGUGUGAAAAACCUCUAAACUUUCACAGUGUUUUUCACGGGGUGGAAAAUCUCAAAACCUGUGAACAGGCCUUUUUUCAUGGUCAGAACCUGUGGAAAAAACUCUGAAAUGGAGGAGUUUACCUGGCAGCUGUAUGUUGCCAACCCCCCCACCUCCGCCCCCCAGAAAAAAAAUACAAUGUUGAAGUCUGAUUUCUGUUCCCAAGUCAAAUAGAACCUCAACGCAUGCAUUUAAGCUGUAUAACCUGAUAAAAUAGUAUGUAUUUAGCUAACAGUGAUCCUGUGUGUUUUAAAUUAGAAGGAAUUUUAAUCGGAUCGGGAGAUGGUUAACAUUGCCAAUGUUAAAUGUCUGCUUGUCUAAGGGGUUUCAAUUUAACAACCACGAGAAGAGAAAAGAGACAAGAGAUGAAACUCGACUGUCGCGGUGCUUGUACGAUAUGUGACUCCAGUUGACUUGAUGAUCAGUCCUACUCGUGGAAAUGUGCAUGGAAACUGGAACCGGCAGCCUUUGACUGCAAUCUCAGGCACUCUUGACAUGAAUUAAUCUCCUUUUCAUGCAUGGUAAUUGCAAUGUUGUUUUAAAUUAAAUCACUUGGAAGUCGAAUUAUAUUUUUUCGGAUAUUUUCCUCAAAUGCAGUGUCCAGAUAUAAGAGAACUGAAAUUAUUAUCAGAAUCAUUGCAUAUUUUUACCAAGAAAUUUUUACCAAGGAAUCCUUGUCACAGUAUUAUUGGACAUUUUUCCUUUUCAUCAGUGAAAAAUUGGUCUAAAACAUUAAAAUUUACUACAGAGCAACACGACAUAAGUGGUAAAAUGUGUCUCAUGCAUUCCACGUGGUAUCGUCUGUUUUUCUACUUCCAACACAUCUAAGGGUGUCAAAUCCAAACAAAAGUGACUGUCAUGAGAACAUAGAACCAUCCUGACAAAGCACAUGUUUAAUACGACAACUUACUUCUGGUCAAGUCAAGUGUAGUCACAGACUAGACGAAAAGUAGCCUCUAAAAACAACACAAUUCUAAGCAAAAAAUGGGCGUCAAAACAACACCGUAUAAUUGAACCUUUAAAUAAUAAAUAAAGGUGUGGGAUACUAGCCGAUUUUGUCUAGUAACAAAGGAAUUAUAUGCCUCAAAAUAAAAUUGCCCUUAUUUAAUCCCCUUAAUAAUUGUCUCUUUUCUCUCUUCCCCUUUUUACCAAGGAGAGUUAACAGAUAACAAUAUUGGGAACUUGAUAUGUAACUGACAUUGCAUCGUAUUUAUGAAGCACCAGGCAAACAACCAUUUGAUACUGGCAAUUCAUCUUGCUAGCAAUGUUUGUCAUUUCUGAUCCGAUUCAAAUCCCUUCCAAAAUUACUCGCAAAGAAACAGGAACACAGGUAAAUACAUCUUAUUAUUUUGUUAGCUAAUGCAGCGUAAAUACGUCUAAUUAUUUUUUUAGCUAAUAUCUCAUAUAAAACUAGACAAAAUAAAUUGGAUUCUGAUUGAUGAUGGUCUUCUUAACUUUAAAAAAUGUAGGGAUACUCACAUUCAGUAGUCUUCAAAUAACCACAAUCUUUUUGUCAGAUGAACUGGCAUGAUAUGAAUGCUAUAUACUGAGUGCUUGAUUCAGCUUGGCCAUCAAGGCAGUGGCAUUUUUACAGAAGUCUUUAUUACUGUUCAUAAAACGUAUUUAACUUCAUUAGUUGAUUAGUUUUCAUAGUCAGGUUGGUGACAAAAAAAGUAGUUAUUUAGUUUUGCAACAAUGUGAAAUAAAAAUCUGAAACAGAGCACAGAUGAAAGGUGCUUGUUACAAGCUAAAAAAAAAAGAAAAGUUCUCAACUGUAAGAAAUACUGUAACUUAAAACUACUAGAUGGAAAGGUGUUUAAGGAUUAAGUUUCAAAACCAUGAGGGCAUGCAUCCAAAACAGUGAAAUCACUGGGUUAUUAAAAACUCGCCCCAUGUAAGGGAAUCCCGAAUCCUUGGCCUUAGAAUCCAAAAAAUACAGCUCAAUGACUGAAAUCCAGAAUCAACUGCAUGGAAUCCAGAACAUGUAGGACAGUAUUAAUAAAAAAAGGAUUAUGGAGCAUAAACUGAAGUGUUCAUUACAAGAACUUUGCUGCAUAGUUGUUGUCUAAAACAAUUUAACAGCUCAAUUUCAAAUGAGCGUAUACAACCUGUUUAUAGUAGAAAAAUAAGAAGAAGCAGAUCUGGAGAAAAAGCUUAAAUUCUAGUUCCUUUCUAAACCAUUGUCUAAACCUUGUAAAAAGGGUAAAAAAAUAUUAUAAAAAGAGAACCCCAUUCAUCCCAAAUUAAAGGAAAGGAAAGCACUUACCUUUUCGGCCAGUCUUUGAUUAUUUCAAAAAUGAAAACUCCAUAGAAGAAAGAAUUACAAAUCGAUGUAGGGGGAAAAAUAUCUCUUGUUCUUGUUCGCUGUUCAGCUGCGAAUGAAGAGAGUUUGGCAGCCGCGUUCAGAAAUUCGCGCCAAAACCGCCAAAACACGGGUUCUAGGAUCCAGUCUUUCACCGUCCCGUCCGAGUGCGGCCAUCUUGGUUUCUGGACGUUCGGAUCGAGCUAGAUCGUCGAUCUUUGUGCAUAUUCUUUUUGUUUGACUGGUUAAAUUAAUGAAAAAAUAUGUGAGGGACAAGCAUGAGAUCUAAACUGACGUCAGAAUAUUAAAGGAAACUGCUUCGUGCAUCGCUUUGAGUUGGCAAGUGCAGUCAGUAGAACCGUUUAUGAUAUUUUUACCACAGGUAACCCAGGCUCUGUGAUAGUACCACAGUACGGUUCCAGUAAAAUUACAGUGUUUGUAUGGGGUAAAAAUAUCAUCCUAAAAUUUCUAGGAAAUACUAAAUAAAGAUCAAUGAAACUUACUCUGCAGUUAAUUGUUGUUGUCCUUAUUGCUCCAACGAAGUUUCGUGAUAAUUUGCACUAAUUUGUUCAAAUUCACUCUAUCUACAAUAAUAAUAUACAAGGUAGGAAACACGAGGUGCCAUUUUCGCCGACAUGCUCUCAUUCAACACAACUUUUUCCACGAAAUUCGAACUCCAACGGAAAAUAAACAUGCCAGGAUCGUAGAAAUAGGAUAGCAGCAGAUAUAGAAACCAAUGAAGCUUUCCCAGAUAGAGAAACGAAUCCCACAGAGUUGGACAAACUCGAAGAAUAUAAUCCAAACACACCGAGAAUACGCUUUGUCAAGCAGCCGGGCCAGAUCAACGCUGCCAAGAAAAUGAAGCCUGGGCACUGUACAAAAAAUUCCAUCCCGGGGGUCCUGGGGUGACCUUUCUAGGGACCGAUACAUCAUUUGCCCAAGGCCACCCUCCCCUGCUGGAAAAAUACUUGAUAGAAGGCAAUUGUUCUUCCUAGCCAAUCACUAUGGCCUGUUAUAAAGAGAUUAUUUUCCUCUCGAACUAUAUUCAGCUCCUGGCGCUGAUCCUCAGAAAGUUUAUCAAACAUCAAUAGGGCAAGGUUAUAAGGGCAAAGGAAAGAACAACGAAGGAGGAUUUACGAAACUUAAAACGAGCAAAAGUUAUAAGUGAAUUUUGGCUCUUACCGAGGCAUUUGUACAACAGGACCAAAUUCAAAGAGAGGUGUAUCUCGAUGAUUCACAUAUUUAACCGAUAGAGCGUUCACUUGUAUUGACAAGAAGUCGGCGUGUUACUGCCGCAUUAAUCGCUAAAUAUGUUAAUCUCGCUAGUUCUUUGUUUACUAGUGCACGUGCCUUUCACAUUCGUCUCAGUUAUCGCAAUUCAUAUUCUGUCGCAAUUUUCUCUAUAAUUUUUGACAUUAGUUUGUAAGCUUCACCGUUUAUUUACGAUAGUUUCGCUCGAGAGUUCACAACAACAGUAUCUCAGUCAUCAUCUACCUUUUGUUCAACCUUGUUUUUAGCCCGCCUUGUAAGCAUUUCGCGUUGUUUUUUCAUUAGUUUCAUUACUGUUAUUUGCAUUCCUUAGUAAAAGAAAUGGGACGCCUUGUAACUUCGCAGACUCUCCUGAUUAUAUUACUUUUUUUUUAGCCAUUUAAAUUCAGGCGCGCGUGCGGGGUUUGCUCUGGCAAAUGGUGAUUGGCUAAGAAGAACAAUUGCCUUCUAUCAAGUAUUUUUACAGCAGGGGAGGGUGGCUUUGGGCAAAUGAUGUAUCGGUCCCUAGAAAGGUCACCCCAGGACUCCCGGGAUGGAAUUUUUUUGUACAGUGCCCAGGCUUCAUUUUCUUGGCCGCGCAUUGAUCUGGCCCGGCUGCUUCGGGCGAGCGUAUUCUCGGUGUGUUUGGAUUAUAUUCUUCGAGUUUGUCCAAGUCUGUGGGAUUCGUUUCUCUAUCUGGGAAAGCUUCAUUGGUUUCUAUAUCUGCUGCUAUCCUAUUUCUACGAUCCUGGCAUGUUUAUUUUCCGUUGGAGUUCGAAUUUCGUGGAAAAAGUUGUGUUGAAUGAGAGCAUGUCGGCGAAAAUGGCACCUCGUGUUUCCUACCUUGUAUAUUAUUAUUGUAGAUAGAGUGAAUUUGAACAAAUUAGUGCAAAUUAUCACGAAACUUCGUUGGAGCAAUAAGGACAACAACAAUUAACUGCAGAGUAAGUUUCAUUGAUCUUUAUUUAGUAUUUCCUAGAAAUUUUAGGAUGAUAUUUUUACCCCAUACAAACACUGUAAUUUUACUGGAACCGUACUGUGGUACUAUCACAGAGCCUGGGUUACCUGUGAUUUUUACCUGUCGUUAUACAGAAGCAGAAGCUCAAUAUACCGUAUGGAAGAAAAAAAAGUACUGUAAGGUGAGUACUUACGGCUGUAUUUCAGUGUGGUCAUUAUAAUUACACAACACAACUUUCCUUGCUUUCUUUGAUUUAAGCUUUAAUGCAUGCACGAACCUUGAGCCAAUGCUUCUUUAUAAAUUCCAAAUCUGAGAGCUUUUCCUGUACAAAUUUAACACACUUUCAAAUCUAAUAAAUUCUUAUCAUUCUUUACCAGGUCUGCAGUUAGGGUGGACAGACCUGCUUGAAUAUGCUGCUUAUGAUAGGGUCAUCCAGUGAAAGAACUUACUCUUACAGCGGGCCGGAGAUUGAGCCACUUGAAUUAUUAGGGAAAACAGAUAAGCAUAUAAAUCUGGACUUUUACAGUAGCUUAUAAAAAGGCUUAAGUUUUGUUUUUCUCUGACUAAGAAGCUUCCUUCUUUUAAGUUAUUAUUUGAUUAUUUGAUUAUUUGGUUCUUGAAGAGUGAAAGUUAUAUUGAGUUUCACAUAUUCUAUUUGCAUUCACUUUGGAGUCAAUAUUUUGCGAAGAAUAAUGCGGAUGGAGCCCCCUUGAUGGCUGCAUAAUUCUCACUAAAGACAAAUCGGCAAUAAUUGUUUUAAUAUAAUAUUCAUUCAAAAUUAUUCCCAAGUUUAAAACGUAUGUAAGUUGCUGCCUCCAUGUUCAUAAUAUAAUACGUGUAUUUGCAUGUUUUUUUGGCAGUGGAUGUUUAGUUGCGAUAGCAGAUAUUCUUCAAAUAGCAGUUGUCACCCUUCAUUCCUUAAUUUAUUUUAAGCAAUACAGUAGAACCUCAGAUAACUCAAAUUUCUUGCUAACUUGAACUAAAUUUCCCUUCCCUUAACUUUGUUAAUUUCACUGAAAUUUACCCCAUAACUUGAAUUCCUUGCUAACUCAAACUGUUUUUCGUUUCCCUUCAGAGUUUGAGUUACUGGGGCUCUAUUGUAGUUAUUUUUUCUUCGUAAAAUUUAAGACUGAAUCUCCACCAUUUUCACCAUCUCCACCCAAGCAGUUGAAUCACUCAAUCUCCAUCAUUUUCACCAUCUCCACUCAAGCAGUUGAAUUACUGUGCUCCUACUGUUGGCCUUUUCCUCGAUUAGUAUCAGAACAAUAUGGAUAUUAACUGUCCUGGUAUUGGUAUAUUAUGUCUUCCUAAACUAGUCAAUGGUAGCUGGUUGUGGAGAAUUAUCUGGGGGAUUUUAGCCAAUCAGAAACAGACAAAUACUUUCAAAUGAACAAUUAACAUAUAUGAACAACAUUUCAGAGCUCCAUAUUUUCACUAGCUUUAGGUUUAACCUAUUUUUUUAGCAUCUUGACCAAAACUAUCCUAUCAAUGAUCAAACCUACGAACUAAUACAUCAUUUAUCAUGGGAACUUGGCCUCCCUUGCAAAAAGUAUAAUACUACUUGAAGCCCAAUUUUUCCCAGUCUUCUCUUCUACUUUCAUUCAAAUUCUGUGAAAAAAUACAUAUUUAUUGUUUUGACCACCAAUAAUGGCCACCUGUUCAGGUGGCUGCAAACCAAAACGUACACUGACAUUGCUAUUGAUAGAAUUAGAGGGACUGAAUUAUAAAACUUAUACAUCAAUAUUAAUUUUUUUAUUUAUGUGUACUUUGUGGGAGGGUGGGGGUAGUUUGGGCAAGAAUCUGUCUGAAAUCCCUUUCCCCUGUCAGAUUGACGUGGUCAUCCUAUGAAAACAAUAAUAAAGGACUUAAAGGAAAUUGCUAAUUGAUAUACAGUCAAACCUCCACUUAUGGCCACCAUUUUUCAUAGCAGGACUGGUGUCCCUCCCUUUUUUUUCGUUUCCUGUUUCAAACAGGUCUUUUAUAUAGCCAUGCAAACAUGUUUUAUUCCCAAAAAAUGGUGUCACACAAGUCGGUCCAUCUCCCCAUACUGGCCAUUUAGUAAAAGAUUAUUGCAGUUAUGUUCACAACUUGACAGCAGGUUUUCUUUUCUGUAACUACUUAUUCAGUUCAAAUGUAUGAUUUUCAAACAAUCACUUUCAUUUACUCAUCACUGAAAAGAUUAUUUAUUCAUGAACUACCAAAGAAAAAACAUCUCCCAGGGUUAUGGGUUCCCAUCCAAUGCGAGGCCGAAUUUUUUUUCUGGUGUCCUUUUCCCCUACUGCUUAUUGAUAUGACACAGCCUACUACAUAAUACUACAUUAUUUUUUCCAUACCAGUGACUGUAACCGUUACUUUGGGCAGCAUGAAACUCUGAGUAGCAAAACAAAAUAAUGUCUUGCACCAAAUCAUCCAGCUUUUUAUUUUACUUAAUGCAUGUGUUUUAUUUACAGACGUGUUAAAUAAUUAUAUAAGUACAGCACAUUAUUUAUUCCUUCAUUAUUUGCAGUGUGUCUUUGUAAAUUUCUGUUAUCAAUUUCAUUUUUUUCAUUUCAUUUUUUGUUCACAGGUGUUAUCAUAUAGUUUUCCAGAGGUGUUUCUUAAGCAAUUUUCUCAAAAUUUGUUCCAAGGUUUUUUCACAGGGUUUUUCAGAGGUGUUUUUAGGCAAUUUUCUCAAACUUUGCCAUAGGUUUUUUGACAGGGUAAUUUUCACAGGCUUAUUUGAGUCACAGGUUUUUUCACAGGGUCCUAAAUUUUGAAAUUUUCUCAAAAUUUAGGCUGUGCAAAAUUCACAGGUUUUUUCACAGGGUCCUAAAUUUUGAAAUUUUCUCAAAAUUUAGGCUGUGCAAAAUUCACAGGUUUUUUCACAGGGUGUUUUCUUGUGACAGGGUAUUAAUUCACAUAUUUUUCACAGUAUUUUCACAGGUUUUCAUCCAAUAUUGAAAAUAUCCCAUCUUAGGCCAUGAAAAACUCACUCCUGUGCAUCAGAAAUUCAGGGCUUCUGUGCCAAAUAAUUUAUAAGAUUUACACAAUAUACUGGGACUUUCUAAAUAUAUGUUAUAUAUACAGUCAACUCUUUCAAAAGGAACUUGAAUUAGUGCAUGGCAUUAUUAGAGGUUGUAUUAACAGAAGGUAUCCACUCGUGGUGAAUUGUUUCAUGGACACUGAUAUAAAGAUAAAUAUCAUUCGCGGCUAAAAAUUGCAAGUUCUCCUUUGUUUUUUUUUAAGCAAUUAAUGUACAGUACACUUUUACUGGUAAAUGUGUCACUUGUUAGAAUUAAAAUCACGUCAGAGUGCAAUUUUGACCAAACAAAACCUGGGAAAACUUCAAACAAGGGGUGCCAAAAACCGGUCAAGUAGUUUCGUGACAUUUGAGCAAUUAUAAUAAUUUUUUUUUGUACAUUACAGAGUUGUGUUUGGUCUAAAAUUUUAUAAAAUUAUAUGCAAUUUUAUAAGUGCAUGAACUAUUGUGAAUUUUGUUUUAUAAAAACAUACAAAGUUUUAUGAAAUAAAAUAUAAUUUUAUAAAAGUGUGAAGUUUGUAAAAAAUAUUUCAUAAAAUCAUGUAAAAAUCUACAAAAUUUUAUGAAAUUUUAUAAAAUUUUAUAAAACAGCUGACUAGGGGACUACUACCUUGCUGACUGCAGACAUUUAUUGAAGAAAAAAUUCCAAUGCAACUUUUUUACUUAGUGUUAAGCCUGCUAACUGGUUACAACUCCUUUUAUUCUUGCAAUAGGUCGUUACACAAAGUGUUUUGAAGAAUGCAAGGAUACUCAUCAUGCAUAUGGCAUGUACUAAUCUAUUAUUACUCUCAUCAUCAUUAUCACAUUAUGUAGCUUUUUCUCAGUGUUUUUGAGCUGAUCAUUGACAAGAUAGCAAGUCUCUAUGGUAAUAAAGAUUGAAAUUGCUGCGCAGCGUAGUUACUUAAUGUUAAUUUGAAAACUGUAAAAUCGACGCUGUUAUUUCAAGCGACUUAACCGACGUUUUUGCAAUGCUGCCUUCUACGGGGUACAAGACUAAUCUUGUACCAUGAACAAGGCAGCAUUGCCAAAACGUCGGUUUUUUAGUCUUAUAAAAAACAGCGUUAAUUUUACAAUUAUUUUCAAAUUAACAUUAAGUCUCUAUGGUACAUGAUAAUCUCUUCAGUUACAUCUUCCUGGGAAGUACGCCACAUGGUUAGCUCAUUUGGGAGAGCGCCGGUCUGCUGAGUGGGAAACCACGGGUUCAAACCCUGGCUGAACCAUCACUCAUCUUAAAAUAACUGAGGAGAAUUAAGUGCUAUCUUUGAAUGAAAUCUGCAAACUAAAUUUCCUAGCCUUCUCACAGCAAUUUCACUUGAUACAUAGUUCUUGUGGGAUGUAAAAGAACCUACACUGCUGUUCGGAAAGAGUAGGGGACAUAGACCCUGGUGGUGUGGCCAACCUUUCUUGGGCUGGGUAUGGGUUAUUUGUAAGGAGACGUAUUUUAAUUAAUCUUAAUAUAUAGGGAUAACCUCAUGAUCCUCCUUCAGGUGUCGUAAUGGCUACCUGUAAACAGUGUAUGUUCCAAAUUUUAGUAGAACAUAAAUAUAGUUUUUUUAACCGUGUUGUAGAUGAAUGGAAUGGUUUACCCAAUCAUAUUAGAGAAUCAAACAGUAUUGCAACUUUUAAAAGAAAUGUGUUAAGCUUUAUUAAGGAUAACUAGAACAUUUAUAUUUCUAUUUGUAUAUAUUUUUCUUAUAUGUUAAUUAGUGGGGGCAUCCCUAGUAUGGUGCAUUGGUGCUUUUGGUUGUCUCCUUCUCCACGACUUUUUUUUUUUCUUUUUUUGGUUGUUUGUUAAAGUAGUGUUAUUUCAUUUCAUUAUUUGCUUGUUAUGCAGUGGAGUCAAUCUGUAAUAAAUAGUAUGUAUGUAUAUAUGUGAGCAUAAAUUUGUUCUGGUUAUAUCGGACUGAAAUUUUCAUAGAAAUUUGUAAGUAGUGAAGUAAUAGAGUAGUUAAGUGUGACGUCAUAAAAAUGAAAUUUCUGAAAUUAUGGGAUUUGUCAGGAUAUUCUGAAAGAACAAUGUCCAAGAGGCCUACUUGCCAAAAAUGAGCAUUUCGGGGCAAAUUGUCUCUGAGAUCGUAGCCCAGUUAUGCUUAGAAAACUCCAUACAAACCCUUCUAAAUUUUUUGGGUCGACCCAAAAAAUAGUUAGAAGGGUUUGUAUGGAGUUUUCUGAGUAGAACCGGCUAACAUUUCAGAGACAAUUUGCCCCGAAAUGCUCAUUUUUGGUAAGUAGGCCUCUUGGACAAAUUGUUCUUUCAGAAUAUCCUGAUAAAUCCCAUAAUUUCACAAAUUUCAUUUCAGUUAUGAUGUCAUCACUUUAGUACUCUAUAGCUGUAAAAACAUUCUUUGAUUAUAUAUUUUUUUCUCAAUUGAAAUAUUUUUUCUUAUGUUAUCUGAGAUUUCUUUCCUACUGUGUGUGUUUUAGGGUUGGGAUUUUCCAUUAAGCUCUUGUGGAUGGUUCUUCAACACUCUCCCGGCGAAGCACAAUGAAAAAUGUAAAGAGUCUCUGUGUGAUUCUGUAGUGUCAAACUUUGACUAUGUGCUUACAGUUAUCUCAGCAACGGUAGGCUUAUUUUACAUCUUUUGUUUUAUUAUUUAUUGUUAUAUAGCUGAAAUUUUUCCCUAAGCGCAUUUAACCUCUGAGACGUUUAAGUCACCUGUUAAUUGCCUCUGAACGGGAUAGGGUGGUAACUCGCCCGAUGUGUAUUUGUUGUUCUUUAAGCCUGACAAAAAGAAAUAAGCUUGGAAAGACAGUGACUGCACAUGUGGAGUCCAAGGUUAACUGAACUAAAGUAACAUCUCGGAGAAGUUGGUUCACUAUGUUGUAGAGUGUUGUAUGUUAUCGGGUGAAGAUAGCAGUCCUAGCGAACGCCUCCGGGCGAAUCGACUGUCGGGCGAAAUGACCGCAAUUCGUCCGAACGAUGCACUUAAAAGAAGAAGUGUAAGUUUUCAGACGAUAAAUGCGUGUCUUAUUUGGACGUUAGAACGACUUUAACGUCUGAGUCGACAAGAUGGACAUGACACUAGCCUGUGUUCAGUUUUUGGAUUCCCGAAUGUCACUAAGGUUGCUAUUUCAACUCUAAAUCUUCUUCUGUCUUUAAAUCAAACAUGGUUGCUCUGGCUAUACUUAACCCUCUAGGUCCCAAGAGUGACCAACAUCAAUUUUCUCUUUUCAAUAUCAGCAGAUCAUCAAGAGUAAAGGUUAUGAGAAUUACUAAAUUUAUAACCAAAGGGAGAAUGCUUUGAUGUUAGACCAAAUUCUCUCAACUGUUCUUUAUAAAAGAAGUGUAUGGAUCUUGGGGCUUAAAGGGCUUAAUCGACUCGGUUGAUAAACACUAAUUUUUUGUUCUAAACAAUAAAGAAAUGACUUGACGUUAUCGUAUUAAUGGGUAGCCUUAUGACGGAGUUCCACUGUAUUGUAGGCUUAAUCAUUGUAAAGUCAGCGAUUUUGUGGGUAUUGUGAUAUUUCGUGACUGUAAUCAGUAUAACUGUGUUCUUCAAUAUAGUUAUCAGUGAACUCUCCUCCUGGUGUUUGGAUCUGCAGUUCUCACAUGUUGCCGUCGAUUGCUCCAGACGCCCGUAAGUCUUACAAAUAGAGAGAUUAAUCACAACUGAAAGUCUUCCCGGCCAAACGUCUCAGAUUCUGUGAUCACGCCUUUCACACUACACUUAUACAUUCAAGAGAUCUUAUUUGGCAGGGGCUUAGCGUGAGAUUUUCAAGGUGUACGCGCGGGAAGAAAAGUUAGACCGUCGAAAGCACUCAGGAGUUUUCCACAGAACGUUUUCAUUAAUUAAGUACGAAGGAAAAUGCAAUAGUUGGUUGUUUAUUUUACCUACCGGCUCUAGAUUUACCGUUAUGGUACAGUUAGCUGACAGUGUUUACGGACAAUUGGGGGAAAAGUCAAACGCCAUCAAGAAGGUUAAGGGCGAGAUAUAUACUCUUCAGUUAGACGGGCAAAGACACCAAUAUAAUGCAAAAAAUUGAUCAGUCAUCCCCGAUUUAGUGAUAAAAAUGCUUCCAGGAAGCAAAAAGAGAUUACUUUUGUCAUAUUUUCCGUCUUCGUAUGUACGCAUAUGUGCGUGUAUGGACCGUACGCCCCGGUAUGGUAUGGUCAAAGCUCUCUUAAGCGACCACUGCCAUAUUGUAGCGGUCACAACUAGAGCUGGAUGUUUACGAGAAUGGUCUCUCGUAAGCGACCAAGCGAUGAUAAACGUAUCUAUCAGGGCUGUCAUUUACGAGAGCUCAGUUUUAGCAAAAGUUUCCGAUAUACAUACCAUGCAUUCUUUUUGGAUUUGCUUAGUUUUUACACUAGUAAGCACAAACUGUGACAAAAAAGUGUUUUUAUUUUCUCUUUAUUUUUUCAAGGAAUUGACUGGGAGAAGUUUUCUAAUGGUAUCACUGUGAUUCUCUCACCUGGGGACGUUAAUUACGCAAAAGAUCAUGGUGUAGCCAAACUUGGAAAAGAUGUGAGGGUUUUUAGCAUAAUUAACGUAAACUUGAAAAUAGCUCUCUCAAGAGAGCACAAGUUUACAGUUUUGUUAUGUCUCUUGUGCAGUUGCGAUUUGAUCAGCUAGCUAUGUCAUAUAAGCAUGAGACGUAACCUGUUUUGUCGAAGAAAAUAACAUGUGAUUUCUUGCCUGGAAGCAAAAAUUUUUCGACCGCACAAGGUGACGCUUAUUUAUCUGACGAAUUAAGUUACAACUCACCAUCAUGUCAUAGCUAGCGUCGAAGAUAAAAUGAAGCGUGACUUUUUGCAUCAAGAAAAUUAAUAUUAUUGACGCAACAGGUCACGCUUUACCCUCAUGUUACAGUGUAUAUAGCACCCCGAUGAACACAAUUGCCCCUUUUUUGCAAAAUUUAUCUUACAUAGAAAAAAAAAACAAAUUGAUGAAAUGACAAGCAACGACUAGAGCGUAGUAGACUCUCCUUGUUUGCGAACUGAAUGACACAGUACUUUGAAUCUGGCCUUCAGAAUUAUCGCUUUUCUUACGGUCACGACAUGACUGCAUAGUGUUACACGGAAACUGUAAACAUAGAAACUAAAAAAUAAUUAAUCAGUCAGGUGGAUGCACGAAUAAGCCUUUCCAGCAUCCCGCACCAGAAAGCACACGCAGUGAAACAAGAUGGUGACUUGAGUGGAACUGGAAACAAAUCACCGUUUUUGUCAGCUUCAGCGCUGGAUCCAGACCUGAGAUAACGGGGGGGGCGGUCUCCAAAACAAGUCAGUCUGGACUAGACAUACAUAAGGGGAGGGCGGGCCCCCGGGCCCCUUUCCUGUUCUCGAGAAAGACUGCUUGAAUCGAGUAAAAUCUUUGUUGAGCAUGCGUUUCAUGUUGCUAGGAUAUAGUUUCGAACCCAGGCCUAAUAGUCGUGCGCUUGGUACAGCUGGCUCGAUUAUGACCAUCGGUUUGUUCAAUAAACAGGCGCACUCGAAAAAGCCGGUUUGACGAAAGAAAACAAGGGGCGCGAUCCAUUCAACCAAAAUUUCCGAAAAUUUCGGUCCAAAACUCAAUGGAUCGGUUCGGUCCAACCGGAAAAGUUUCGAAAUAACGGGUCCACCUUUUGAGGUGGACCACUUUUCCCGGUCUGACCGGUUGGAAUUUUGGUUGAAUGGAUCGCGCCCAAGAUCGACUUUUCUCGUCCCUACUCAAGAAGAAGACAGAAAGGGACUCUGCUCGCAUGGUGUCGUGGGAAGGGUUUCUCAACAAACGGGCGGGUGUGUUUCGCUCCGGUCACUCAUCCUGUGUUUUUACUAACAUUCACUUUAAGGGCAAAGUAAAGGACAUUAUCUUCCGAGAAAGUGAGGAGAAAAUUAGAAGUUUCGCCCUUGAGAAUGGCAAGGUGCCGCUGGUAAGUUGGAAAUCCUGUCUAACUGGUAAUGAGUAUGAAGGUUGUAGAGAUUCGUUGAAAUGCGCGGUUUUCCGUCAUCAAAUUCCCAUCAGGAUUGUUGAUUCGCAGCCAUGUGACAAGGCGGCCGUGUCACAGUCGAUUGGCGAAAUAAUACAAUUUUUUUCGCAGAAUUUGCUUGAAAAAAGAGUUUAGUUCCUAGCGGAGGGUAGUCUGCUACACAGGCGUUCUUUGCGUCGUAAUGCACGUGAGGAGGAGCUUUGCGUGACGGCUUUGUAGCAGACUAAGUGGCUUUUGUUCUUGUCAACCAACAUGGCCGCCUUGAUUUCAGCUGUAAAUCAGCAAUUCUCUAAUUUAGGCCCCGUUGUAGUCUGCGAAAACAGACGUUUCUCCUCGCUCAUCGUCGCAGGGGGACGUUUCGCGAUUAGGAACGUCUGCGACUCAGCGACAAAACUUCCAUACUUCCAUCUGUCCGGAAUCCGGUUAUAACCGCUGAUUGGACGACAGAGUAGUUACGUUGUUUUAGCUAUUGUUUACGAAUAACAGACAAAAGGCUACAAAGGUCAUUCAAAUGUAAACGGGAUGAAUCUAUAACAAAACAGUCAAUAUUUGUGGAAUAUAUUCUUCUCUAGAAGAAGCAUUUGAGUUUUUCUAGAGUUCGUUCGCAGAUGAACAGGACACUUUCCGAAAAUCGACCAGGAGAAACGUAAAAUUGAACAAAUUUGCAUUUGGAACCCCACGACUACCGAUUUAUUAUGUAAACAUUGAUUUACGCCAUCAGUAUGGAAUUUCUGUCGCUGAGUCGCAGACGUUCCUCUACGCGGAACGUGCCCAGGGGCGAGGAGCGUGGAGAAACGGCUGUUCUCGUAGGCUAAAGAAGGUGCAGUAAAAACAAACUGUUUCCCUCGGGACCUGACAUUUAAUGUAAUAGGUUAUUUACUAGUUAGCAAGUAAAGAUAUCUUGACUGUGCUCUGUUCUGUUGUAAAACACGCAGGGAGCGGCUAGAGCACCAAAGAAGUGUUGGGGGGGAAACACGAGACGUAGUCUAGUGUUUCUCCCUUCUUGAGUGCUCCAGGGGCUUCGUAAGUGCUUUACAACAGAACAGAGCACAGUCAAGGCUUCAUUAUUUGUUUUAUGAUAAAGAAUCCGUUAAAUUCGCGACGCAUUACUUCCAAAUGUUCAAAACAAACUAUAGGUAAAUGGCUGACAGCUCUAGCUCCGUGUUUUAUACUCUCAUAAAGCAGGCUUUUUCAACCAAGCAGAGUGCGUGUUUAUCUGAACUUUAUCAUAAAAACGUUAAUUUUGAUUGGCAGGUUAGCGGAACUGUGUUCAUGGACAUCAAAUCUGCCUGCAAGGUUUUGAGUCUUCAUGUGUUCCAUCCGUUAGAUGCUUGUACUUAUUUUGGGCUAGACAAUGGAGCUGAUCCUAUUCAGGUAUAACUGACAUAUAUAUCUAAUUUUUAUGGUGUUGGUACAGCUAUACAUUUUCAUAAGGACCUCGAAAAAUUCGUGAUGGCCUUGUCGAAUAUUUCAAAGAGAAAAGAAAAGGGCAACUAAUGCAGCGAUGAUGUCGAGAACGUCAUAAAAAAGCAAGAGUUUAAGCGGAGCAAAAAAAAGAACUUUGCGCGCGCAUUCAGUACACUUUAUUCCUUUUCCGACCUCUGCAUAGACUCGAGUUGAAAUUUUCUUAUAAGGGAGUGUGUAAACAUACGAGUUGAUAGCAAAUUUUUCUUUUCCUCUCUCUAGUGAAUCUGCCUCUGGUUUUUUUAAAGCAAAUUAAGUGAGUUGUAAUAUUCUCCAUGCAUAUAGCCUUGGUCUUCGGCCGUGAAUCUCUCCGGUCGUAGGUCAGUGGAAAAAAGCGCCACGCGUUGUUGGGAGUAGUACAGUAGCUCUUUUAGACCUCUAUUUUCAUUGGGCUAAAUAAGCAGUAGCUUCUUUUGUUUUUAGGACUAGGGGUAUUGUUUGUGUUGAAUCAUCUACAGUUUCGUUCUCCAAUCACAGACCAUUCUAGCACCAAAAAGAUCUAAAAGGCGGAGCAACUUUUCACUGGGUUUACACGCAGAAAUUUUGGUCUUUGUGGUUAGCAGUAGAGAAGGAAUCAAAAUAUCAACGAUUACUCACUGAAUGAAGCGCUGCAAUUUUUUCUGGUUUGUCCCUUCCUCGUACUAUGAGUAGUUUACAUGGUACUAGGAUCUAGGGACAAGUACAACUUUGUGCAUGUAAACUGAGUCCAGAAACCAUAUGACGCUAGGAUGAUCCCCCCUCUAGGAUCUUCCUGGUGCUAAGCUGGAUUAAUUGAGGUUUCUGGGUAACUGACCACCUACCCCUCCCCUAAGUCACGAUUUUGCCUUAAGUGAGAAGGUUAAUGCUGACUUAGGGGAGGGGUGGGCAGGGUACCCGGAAACCUAAACCACGAGUAGUACCCAUUUUCCCUCAGGGAUAGUAUAGCGAGCAAAACGCGAGUGCGCGUGAAAAUUACCCCAUGCGAAAAAAGGCGACACGCGGCGGGGAGAGAAAACAGAGCAGACAGCCCCUUAAGCCAGCUAACUGUUGGACGUUUCUCCUUUUUUUUUUUUGCUAUGCAGUUGUCCAUGAUAUUUGAUAUCCUUCUUUGUCUGGCCGAGGAUGUGACAGAGUCAGCGUUUGUUGAGGGUGAAAGAAGCGGUUCAUAUGGUCGCUACAUCCCUGUAACGAUGAAGUCCUCAGAACACCCCAAGAGGACGCUCAUGCGCAAUGCAAGAGCGAUGCUUUGGCAGCGACUAAGGGGCGUGGAGCUGAAAGGAGGUUAAUUAACAAUUUUUUUUUUUUUUUUUUUGGGGGGGGGGGGAGUUCGCAUAAUGUGAAGAAUUCCCGGAGGGGUACUCGUGGGAAUUCUUGGUGGGGGUGUGCAGCUGGUUUUCCAAAUCUUAACCCUAUUUCAGACCAAAAAAUGUCAUUUAGAUUUGGCCUUUAGAUAGAAAUUAUGUCAUGCUGUAAUUACUUAUAUAAGAGCGCAAGCAAACAUUUCGUCAAAUGCAUAUUCGAAUUCGCAUAUUUCUAUUUUUCUUAUUAAUUUGGAAUUGAAACGAUAAAUAUGUUCAUACGCUCCCGUAGUUCCUUCGAAAACCAUACCCGACUCCAGACCAAAAUGGAUAAUGUGUAUACCCGUUUUCAGACCAAAAAGGCCCAAAAACCCUACCCUUUGGGACGGCACAUUCUUAUAUGGCUUAUAUAAGGGAUUACCCCCCCCCCCCGGGGGGGGGAGAAUUCUGCAGAUCUCGGAGAAUGUUGUCGGCUGAGGUGGAUAACAGCCUCCGAGGUCUGCAAAGUUCUUCACCAUCUUGCUUCCAAAACUAAACUUGAUAACAUACACUGUUAUCACUAGUUCUACACUUAGCAAUGCUUAUACUCAAAUGUAAAGAUUUCUUUCAACAGUCCUUCUUGAGAACGGUACGUUUGAUUACUCGAAGCCAUCUGCAGAGUGUUAUAGGAGACAAAUGCUUGACAGCAUUGAAUUUCUAAGCCAGAGUGGAGUCAAGUUCGAUUUCAACAAUCAUACGCACGUAUCGAUCUGUAAGGUGAGUACGUUACAACCGACUUUCUUUUCCGAGAUCUCGGAUGUUUUUAAAGAUCUUUGAAAAAUAACGUCGAGUUUAUUUUUCUAGAACAGCAGUCGUUGUUAAAGGUUAUGUUACACGGGACGAAUCGCAACAACGAUUUUUAGCGCAACACAGCGUUGCAAUAUUGUCGCGACAUUGUUUUGAAUGGUUCCAACAUUGUUCCAACAUUGCAAUGCUGUGUUGCGCCAAAUGUCGUCGUUGCAUAUCGUCCUGUGUAAAAUUACCUUCAAGACCUUUAGAUUCGAGGACGAGGACGACUACACGAAGGAGAUUUGAGUUAAAGUUUUUUUCACAUAUUCUCAAAAAAUAGACAUCCCUGAAAGCUUCAUUUCACUUUUUUCGCUUGAGAAGUUAACACGGUUAUUUUUAGCGAAGGAGGUUAAACCCUUUCCCGAUCGAAAAAUGAUAAAGCUUCUAACGUUUGUAUUUGAUAACUUUUUUCCGUCACUAAGACGUUAGAGACCUGUAGAUUAGAGGACGAGCUAGGCCGACUACGAGUACGAGAUUUGACUUAAAGUUUUUUUCGCGUAUUCUCAAAAUAUAGACCCCCAGGAAAACUUCAUUUUACCAUUUUUCACUACAAUAGUUAGCAGCGUUACCUUUAGUGAAGGAGGUUACGACUUCUAAUUCCGCCACUUUGACAUUCUCGCUAAAACUCGUAGUAUAAUGACAACUGCUACCACUUUUUCCCGCCAAAACGGCGUUGGUUCACGCGCGAACACAACUUAGUACUGAGAAAAUCUCGUACUCGUAUAGUCGUACUCGUCUUAUUCUUAAGAAUCUCAAGGUCCAUUUUUUCGCUAAAAACGCAUAGUAGAGUGACGGCGCCUACAAUGUUUUCCCGCCAAAAUGACGCUGGUUCACGUGCGUGCACUACUUAGUGUUGAGAAAAUCUAGUUCUCGUCUUCGUCCUCGUCUUAAGGUGAUUUUACACGGGACGAUUCGCAACGACGCUGAAAAGCCCUUUUUAGGGAUGCUUAAUAAAGUGUAUGUAUGUAUGUCCUCCAUAAAACUUGCAAUUAGGCAUUUUCACGUCGUAGUCUUGCGAGGACGGUAAAGAAAUGUACAAAAAAGCGUGAUCCCCUUGCAAAGUUGUUGUUUUGCGCAAUAAACCUAUUGCUUUUUUGACGUCCUCGUUGCCGUCGCCGUCGUCGUUGCUAAAGCUCCCCGUGUUCGGUCAACGAAAGAAACUCUGGAAAGUGUCUUUAGCAAAAUCUUGCGAAAAUUUCUUCCGUUUUGCAACUUUGCCGAGCUAACGAGUUUUCUUUCAAGAUUCUUAUUAGCAGUUGCUAUUUUGUUGUUUCAGAAUUGUACUCCCAUUCCAGAAUCCUCUGUUGUGAUAAAUUCGAUCGUGGAGGAUGGCAUCAAGAUUGGGGAGAAUUCAGUGAUCUCUAACUGCCAUUUGAAGGUGUAAUACUUGUUCAUCGUAGUCGUAACGUUAUUUUUUAGCUAUUUAACAAAUCGACAACAAUUUUCCAUGGUCCCUACUAGUUUUGAAAAUUUCGACGCCAUUACUUCCGCGAGUUACAAUUCCCCCCCACUUAAAAGUCCCCCUAUUUAUAGGCCCAACUACCUGAAAAAAAAAAAUACAUCCGGUUAUAACCGCCCCCCCCCCCUCCCGAAUAUGAGCCCCCUAGCUUACUUACAUUAAAAUGAAUUCAACUUUUUACGACGUUUUGAAGCGUAAAAAAGCCGAUCAAAUUCAAAAAGUAUUUUGAACAGCACUGCUAUGUAGCUUGUUUUGAGACACUUCUGCGGUCCGAUUAUAAGCCCCCCCUCCACCCCCACGAAUAUAAGCUCCUCUUUUUAUUAGCCCUCCUAAAACCCCUUACGAAGUUGUAUAAUCCCAAGGCUUAUAAUAUAGCUUAUAUAAUUUGUGCUCCCUGAUGAAUUUCGUUUUUAUGCUUUAUUUGGAGUCUUAUACAGUCCUAUGUACAUCGACUUUAUCCAGUAAAAUAUAAAAUCAUAACACAAAUUCCACACUAGUGGAACUAUAAUCAAUGUUAACCUAAACAACUAAUUAUCUUCUUUUCUCAUAGCUGUCGAAUACGUAUUUUGCAAUUAACUUUUGCACAUCUCCCAUAAUGCACCUUGUUCAGUUUCCCCCCAAAAUGUUGCAUAAGGUUUUUUUUUAUGGGGGGGGAGGUGGUUGGGGGACAAAUAAGGUGUAUUAUGGGAGAUUUUCAAGUGACGUAGGGGUGAAGGCACUACGUUUUUGACUUCAGCACAGAAUUGACCUAAAACAGCGAUAUACUCGUGGCAUAGCCCCUUUAAACACGAGGUCAAUUAUUUAAUUAGCAACGAUUUGGUUAAUGCGAUUUAACACUGAAUGUUUUAAAUAUUCCAGGGGGAUUUGUCCUUUGGAUCAGGGUCCAUCUUAAUCGGUAUUUCAUCUAAAGCUAUGAAGGUGAGAUAGUGUCGUCAAUCGAAUUCUGAUUCCAUGCUUUGAGCAGUGUGCGUGGUUCUUUUUUGUGAUUUUUCCUCUUUGUGAUUUUUCGUAGGAUGUUCCGUCGGGAGUAACUUUUCCUAACGAUUUGUGCGCCAUUCACUUCAAUGUUGACCUUGGUGAUAGACCACAAAGAGUUUUGGUUGUUUUGGGCGCUCUUGAUGAUCUACAGGUGAGGCUGCUUUUCAGUACCACUAGCGUGUAGCAGCUUUAGCCUCCCUCGUAGACGUUCUUAAAGGUCUGUCACGAGUCCCCCUCCCCCACGUUGGGAAGAAUUGACCAGAACGUCUGCGUGGAAGGGUAUAACCUCUUAGGGUAUCAUCCCACCUUCGGUACACUCCUCGCGCGGAUCGUGCUAGCGGUUGUAGCCUUAAUAAUUACCCCUACAAACCGCACAUUUUCUAAAAGCUUAAUGGCUGAAGAUUACGGCUAAUUUCUUUAAACAAUCCAAAACGCUAACGCGUUUCAGAAUUGACGAGCUUUUUGCAAGGGAUACAUGUUUCUGUAAAUUUAAGUCCAGGUCAGCCAAAAACAAACGAAAGAAAUCGAUUAAGAUCGCGUUCGCUUCAUGACACGUCUGACUAGAAAGCCGUGACUCAGAUUUUUGACGUGUGCGUUUGUUCUUUUGUGAUAACUGAGUAGAUGAAGUAAGUGAUAACAAAUCAUUAGAAUUACCUGUGGAAAAAAUGCUAUUACUCAAAAACGAAAAAAAGAAAUCAAAAUUCGCACAAUUGUUUUUAGAAUAACUAUCUGGCAGUCAGUUGGUCAAAUUUCAGCCAAUUUGGUUCACGGGUUGCCGACUUGUAGUUUUAAGAUAAACGCUCAACUUGGUCCGAUUUUCAUUUUGAGAAAACAGACAGUGAAAAUGAUGUAUUGUCUUUCUCGUCAUGCAGACGCCAUUUUCAUCAGAAAACAGCACGUAUUGCAACAAACCAUGGCAGACGUUUUUUGAUGGAACAGGGAUCAGCCCUAAUGAACUCUGGUUUGGAGUGGUAAGUGCUGUAUACAUCUCACUGCGUAUUGCACAUUUGAGAUUGAGCGGAAGACUGGGUCUGUGUUGUUUCGAACUGCGUUAUGGGUCCAAAUGUUUCCACCAAACAGUCCCACAAUGCAAUUGGAGACGAUGCUGACCCUGUCUUUUCCCAGUUGGAGGUUUUUCUUGCCUAGACGCAGUCAACCUUUGUUCGUUAGGCUUCUGAGGGGUUUCUCUCUUAGGCAGUGUUCACACUUGGUGCCCGGACACGGUGCCCAAGUACGGUACGGUGAACACAACAUUGUGCCGAUACUCAGGCACUUGUUCCGGGACACCAAGUGUGGACAGCCCCUUAUCUAGGCUAUAUUGUUAUGCAACAACAACCAACGGCAAAAAGAGUUUGUUUUGUAUCAUCUAUUAACAAAUUCCAUAAUUUGUUAUCCGCCUAAUGGAAUGUUUUAUUUUUUACCCCUUUUGGCUUGAAACAGGGUAGGAGAAUUACCAUCCUCGGAGACCCAGGGGCAGAUAGUGGGGGCGAAAGAAAGUCUAAACGGGCGGGAAAAUAUGGCACGAAGAAAAGUAGAGAACGGCGAGAAGAGCCCCUGGGGACAAUGUCUUACCAGACCAGUUCCAAACUGUCGCGGUCGUUCUGGCUUCUGAUUGGUGCCAGAAAACUUUUGUGUUUUUCUGCCCAAUCAGAAGGCAGAACGGCGGCGACCGUUUGGAACUGGUCUGGUAAGACAUUGUCCCCCGGGGCUCUUCUCGCCGUUCUCUACUUUUCUUCGUACCAUAUUUUCCCGCCCGUUUAGACUUUCUCUCGCCCCCACUAUCUGCCCCUGGGUCUCCGAGGAUGGGGAAUUACAUAUUUUGAUCUGAAGUAGGGCGAGCUUUUCAGAAAGCAUGUCACCCAUCCUCACCUAAAUUUUCUAGCCUUUAAAAGCAUGAGGAGGCUUGGAAUGGUGGAUAGAAAGGUCGAGGGAAAAGCGAGGAUUCCUCUAGCUCCUUACCCCUGCGUUAAACUCUCGCGGGGUUAUAUUGACGCAAACAUAUUUAUAGGCGUGAGAACCUGACUCGUGAGAACCAUGAAUUCCAGCGCUCUAACCGCUCGGCCACGAUGCUUUUAAACCGAUUAGAUUACUUAAUUUUGUGAGGUAUAAAAAGGUGAUUUUAUAUUUCUGUUCUAGCCUGAACAGGAAAGAAGUCUUAUUAAUGCCAAGCUCUUCCCCACGAUCCAUUGUUCUGUAUCACCGAACGAGAAAACAGACGAGAUUUUGUGGUUGUCGAUGAUCGCAAGCGGCUUUUCAAAGCGAUUAUUUUCUCAAACCAUGGACGUUAACGAGAAUGUUUUCAGCUCGUCGCCUACAAAACGUCAACGUUUCGUUUAUUCUCUUGGGCGAGGACUUGCGGAUCUACUUCAAAAGUAAGGAACGUCUGUGUGUGCUUGGGUGUGUGCGUGUAAGGGCCUGUACAGUAUAUUAUAAAAUAGGGAACUUAGGUAACGACCAUGGCACAGGGAGCAAAAAGCUCACUUAAAAUAAAAAAGCAAUCGCGUUGUUUCAAACUCUAUCGAUCUUAUUCCAUUUCGUUCAAUUUGUCAGUGUUCGCGAAUUUUUGUGGAGUUGAGUUCUAAAAGUUUGUUUCUAAAUUUAGACAAAGGAAAUCGUUCUUAAGUUGACGUUCUCCAUGAAAUGUGAAAUUAGGAACUUUCACGUCGUGGUUUGCAACGACUGCAAAGAAAUGUACCAAAAAAUAAAGCUUGAUGGACAUGCAAAGUUGUUGUUUUGCUAUUCUAAUCUUAUUGCUUUUUUCCGUUCUCGUUGCCGUCGUCGUCGUCGUUGCCUAAGCUCCCUGUUAAAUUUAAUAACUAAGAUAGUACGUGCGCCCUGAUUGGCCAAGAAUUAAGUAAGUUGGAUGAGAGUAAGUUGGUUUCACCAUGUUUUGCUGUGCACGUGCUUAACACCAUGAUCAUCGAGUGAUUAUGAAAAAAGGUUGAUUUAAGAACACAACAUAACAUAAAGAAAAUUUAUUUUUGAAAUAAAUAAAUGGUUUUAUGCUUAAGGUGAUUCCACAGUAAAAGAACCUAACAUAGAUUUUAGCUAAAAAUUGGUACACUGAUGUAACAAGUCAAGAAGAUGAUAAAAAAGUAAUAAAAAGUGGGGGUCACCGUGCUCGUUUUGACGUCACAAUGUUGACAAAUACGGCUAUUUAGGACUCUUUUACAAAAACCGCGGGUAGCGCAAAACUAGACAAAAAGGAGAGAUUUUUUCGAUGAUGCAUGUGACAUCACACAGAAUUUGACUUUAAUGUAUUGUUUAUCCACUUACGUACCAGAAAAAUGCCUUUUAAUGCCCUUGUUUUUACUUUACGCUCCAAAGUAGAAUUAAAUUGGACGCGCGCUUUUCGACCCGUGAUGGCUCAAUCCGUACAAUUUAGUAAAAUUGCCAAAAAACUGAACAUAGAUUUGUGCCAAUUUUUUUCUCAUCGAAAGGAAGCACUGUCCUUAUUAAAAUCAUGAAAUAAAAAAUGGGGGUCACCGUACUCGUUUUUGCGGUAGAGCUGCAGAAAGUGCGCACCAAACGCAUUUUCUCCGAUUUUUGAGAGAGGACUGGGGCGAGUUUCAAAAUAGAAUUUAUGUGAAAGGGGGAAGAAAGUAUUAAAAAAUCCGUUUUUACAGAAUUUACAUCGAGAUAUCACAUUUAGGACACAAUGUGAUAACGAAAGUGUUUAAAUGAAAAUCAAAGUGAGUAAGCACAAGUUAAACAUCCACUAUCGAGGUUCUCCGAGAGGAGGUCGAACUCAGCAACACGCUUACUGCUUACGUUAUGCACAUUCCUAACACAUUGAGUCUCACCUCGGCAAGAAAGAACAGCAAGCAAAAAUUCCAAUAGCGUUUCUCUUCAGUCAACUUCAUUUUAAUAAUAUUACUUCACAUGCUCUUUUUUCGGCGGCCAUCUUGUUAUGCGCAGUAAGAGAUGCGCAGUGCAAAACUAGGGAAUCACCUUAAUGUGACUGAUUAAUAUAAGUUUCUAUAACAUAAACAACCUAUAGGUAAAGUUUGAGAAAAAUCUCGGUGCAGGUUCUAUUUCAGAGGAAUGACCCAACACACCCAUUGGGUGAAUCAUUCUGUUAAUUCCUACAACUUUUUUUCUUCUUAAUCUAUUGAUAUUGUUUCGAGAAAAUUGAUGUUGGUCAAUCUUGCUGACUUAAAGGAGUUAAUGUCGAUGAUCCGUUUUUUCAGGUGGCGAUCGUCCAUCAGGCUGUCCUUGCAGGACAUUCUGUCCUUGCUGGAUUUGAAUGCAGAGUUUGAUUGGAAAAGAAGGUUGUGGUUUGAAAUUGGGAAAGCACAAGCUGAGACCACACUGAGAGACUGCAAGAAUGAUUGUCUCUUGCCAUUCUUCAGAAGUUGUGUUCAAGAAGGAUUCGCAAAAGACAUCUUGAAAGUUUUAGAUCAAGGUAAACGUUCAUUGCAGACCCGCGGCAGUCCGCGGAACUACCUGCUUAGGCUAGAGAUAAGGGGCCGUGGUCUUCUGGAAUUGUUUAGGGGAACGAGAAAACAAACAUGAGAAGAUUAGAUCAGACCCAAAAGAGUUUCUGAAAUUAUUGGCCAAUCCGCACUAGCAGAAAAAUUUGGAAUUCUCUUUCUCAAACUCAUUAAUAAUUCAUAUGGAUAAUACAAAGGAAAUUAUUGUUUAAUGAGUGUUUUGAAAUCAGAUGGAAAACUGCUGGUACAAUUAGGCAUUCCGGGGUGUCUAGCUUUUGAGAAUAUACGCGAAAAAUCAAAUCUUGUACUCGUAGUCGGCUCGUCCUCGAAUCUAAAUGUCUUAGUCUAAUGUCUCAUUGCCUUAAAAGAGGAUCUUUAUCCUCAAGGUUCACUGAUGAACUGUUUCUUUUUCUCAGUUGCAUGCAGUACAAGUUCUCCAGGCGUGGCCGCUCGGACUUUGGCGUGUAUUGCUGACGUAUUAGGUGCUAUGGCAGGAGAGAGAGCUGGGCUGAGAAGUGGUCCGGCCCGCAAUGAAUCCUGGAUGGAUGCCUUUCAGUGUCUGGAGGUAAACGAAAGCAACUAAUCUAAAUACACAGACUAACAAAACUGGAAACUUCUUCCUUAAUGAUACAGGAACCUCGAUAUAGCGAACCACUAUAUAACGAAGUUCUCGAUAUAACGAACUAUUUUCUUUACCCCAGUAACAGUAAAAUAUAUGGAAAAGACCGUCGAUAUAACGAAACCUCGUUAUAGCGAACAAAUUUUGCCAGUCCCCUUGCCCGUCGUUAUUACGAGGUUCCCUCCAUAAUAUAGAUUCAAAAUGUGACCUGUUAUUGAAUGAAUCUUACCAAUAUACUAGUAAUCGAAGGUUACGGAGUGUGGGCGACAACGAUCGAAGGUCAAAAUACUUUUGCUCCAGCGCUGUGCUUUGCGUGCAUAUCACGUGAUAGAUGGUCAAAACACGCGUUAUCAUAUUACGAGUGAUAGAAGGUCCAAAUGCUCGUGAUCAGUGGAAGUCCAAGCCAAGCUGGCUACAUAGGUGCCGUGCAUGCGUAAUAGCAAUCUGGAGAUUAGGAUUGCGGGCUCCUCUUGUCGCUGGCAAUUAAAUAGCUCACGCGAUACAUUUUUUCGACUUUGAAAGCUGAUGUCUUCUUUUUGUUUUGCUGUUUUUUUUUAAUUUAGAAAGGAGACAUUCCAGCUGGAGUGAAUGCACUCGCAGAAGAGAGAAAUAAGUGGCUUGAAAGGUAGAUCAUUAUGACCAUUAGCGUUGCGUUAGUUUUUAGCGUAGGCCUGGUUAUUCAAUACAGGAGGUCUUCACUUAGGCCGCAUCUAAGUACAAACAUUGACUCUUCGUUUCUCCGUUUUUGAGUGAGUUAUAUAUUCUUAUUAUCUGUGGUAUAUGCGCCCUUAACAAUAAUAAUACAUAGUCUUUGAUGUCUAAGGAAUGAUCUGCCCCAAAGUGAUAGAAACUUAGAACGCUCAGUUUGUUAAACACCUACCUGUGUAGUUGCAGAAUUCUUUUCAUUUCUGUCGUCAACUGGAUAAAAAUUACAAUUAAAUAAAAAGUUUCGCACGGAUGGAGUCCGCUUGCCGAGGGAAAGUAGAGUGUUUGAUAUAGGAGCUGUUGAUUAUAAAAGAUAAAAGACCUACGCUAAAUACGCAAGCGGACUCCUGCCAUGCGAAAAAUUUUAUUGAAUUGUAGUUUGUUCAUUUUCACGUUUAAAUUACAUGCACUUUUCGCACUUCCUUUUUCUAUAAAUAUUACCACGAGUCCUGUUAAUUUCUUAUCUUUUGAUAAUGAUGACAUGAAGCUAUCGAAACGUCGUUUCUUUUAUAUCGUUAAUUUUGUUUUAAAAUGUAUGUCUAAAUCGAUCCUCAUUACAAAAUUUUACGGAAACACAAUAAAUUAAAGUGUUGUAGAUCAGGCAAAAAACUACCCACGAUAGAAAAACUAAACGAGCUGAGUUGCAUUUUAUAAGGUUGUGACACACGAAAGAUUAAGACUACGAAUUAAAUUUAGGAGAACAAAAAUAAAUAAAUAAAUAAAAAUUAAAUAGAACAAAACAAAACAGAACGGUACCUGAUAGCUAUAAAGUUUACAUCAAAUGGGAUAAAUCAAACAAAUUGCUAUCCAGCAUUAAAAGUAAUGACGAGGAUGAAUAAUUUCCUUCAUCUUUUGCUUAAAUAAAUGCAAACAAGUACUUUUUAAAUUUGCAUCCAGGUUAUUCCAAACAGAAGGACCAGGGAAGCGUAUAUUAAAUUUACGGUAAUUAGGCCUAACCUUGCCAAAAUAAUAAGUUGACUUUGAUGGUAGCCUAGUAUUAUAGCUAUGCUUAGAUGUUAUACGUGAAAAGAAGUUGUCUUAAGCCUCAGGUAGUAAAUUAUGAUGAAACUGAAGCAUAAAAAAGGCAGGCAAAAUGAAUAGUCACUAGACGCAUGAACUUGACUAAACCGAACUGUGAAAAAAAGGGGGCUGGAGUGAACAUCUCGAUUAGAAUAUGUAAGUAUUUCUACUUUAGUGUGAGAACUUUACUUUACAUUGAUGUAAUUGAUUAUUAUUUUUGAAUAGACCUGAUCUUCUCAUCCGAGCAGCUCGCCAUUACGAAGGAGCGGAACAAAUUUUAAGACGAAAAGCGGUUUUUACUUCAAGACAGGUCUGUUACAUGGCUGACAGUCUAAAACAUAGCCUGCUCCUAUAUAUAAUUAUAUAGCUUAGUGUACAAGUUAAAAGAAAAUAAAAUGACAAAAGGUAGUUUUGUACAAAAGACUGAAAGACACUAAACGAUACCCCUUCUACAAAACAAUCGCUAACCAACAACAGUUUCUGCAACACCAAGAAUCAAACAUCCCCAAAUUGUUUCCAUUAAAACAAGCAAAACCAACCUUGUAGAAUUUUAAGUGGAAGCGUAAUUAUAACUAGUUGUGAGAAUGGUUUUAUCGAAUUUAGCCCCAUUGAAUAAGAAAUGUUAAUUUUCUUAGUCCUCCUCACUUACAUUAUUCUUUCAAACAGUUUUUCCAAAGCGACGAAUGUGAACCUGUGCCCAAAGGACACUGGGUAAUAGCAGAAGCACCUGGUAAGGUCUCAAAACUGAAAGCAUUGUUUCCUUUCAAAGGCUUUACAUUGGCAAACUAACGUUAGAACUACUUUAACCAUGGUAUGACAUAUAGAUUUAGUCAAGGCCAAAAACAAAGCUCUUGUGAGAGCUCAUAAAAAAUGUAUAUCUGAAGUAAACUUUUGGGAGCCUGCGAUCAGUUGAAUACCAUGACUGGACAGCAGAGAUCUUAAAAGAAGAGCGUCCCCUCAAUGAGUUGCACACCUGAGCCCGCGAUACAGACAUGUGACACCUGGAAGCGGAUACCCUAUUUUGAAAGCUGUCAAUUGAUCAUGCAUGUCCAACAUCGAGUUUUAAAAACAUAAGUUGUAUACGCCUUAGACUUUCAGGCUAGUAAGUAAGACAUUUCACGUCCGCUAACAUGAGGGCGGACGUAAGUAGGUACCUACGGACGAUUUUGUCAAAAUCAAAAUUUAUUGAAUGCAUAGAUAACCAAAUUUUCUUAACCACGGUGCUCCACUGUUAAGAAAAUCUGAUGCGGUGCAUUUUCUGGUUGGCUAUUAUUGCAUUGACCUUGAUCGGAGAGGCUUAAAAGCGCUGCCAGAAACCCACAUUUACGUACCCUACUUGCAGACGUUUCUUUCCUACCUGGUUUUGGCAUUUUUAAAAUCGUCAGUCGCGUCGUUGAAGUUAGUGUAGUUGGCUUGUUUAACCCCAUGUGCCAAUUUCAGUGAAGCGACUGAUGACUUCGUAAAUGCUAAAAAUCAUGUCAGAAAAAAUGUCUGCUAGCAGGGUAAAAGGCGACGUUUUAAUCCCUACCACUAGGAAGAGGGCUGGGUGCCUUAUGCUACAAUGACUGCUUGGGUAACUUGUGGCUUAAUUGAAAAUCUUUUGCGGUACAUUACAUCACGAUCAACACAUGCACCCUGUAAACUUUAUCAAAGAGAGAGAUUUUAUGGACAGGGGGGUUACCCCACCAAAGCGGGUUACCUUACCUCCCUGGGAUCUUUCCACUCUAUGUAAACAGGUCCCCUCAACUUCACGACUAACGUUUUACUUGUGCCAGUUCAUUCUUAUCUCUCGGUUGUUUGUUCCCUUUCAGCUCGAAUAGAUUUGUCUGGUUGCUGGACUGACACCCCUCCUGUGACCUAUGAGCACGGUGGGGCAGUUCUUACCGUUGCUGUUAACCUUAAUGGAAAGGUAAGGGGGAACCAUACUGCAUUUAUUUUGAGUUUCGAGUUUUCCUUUCUUCAGCAAAUUAGGGCUUUUGUUAUUCAAACCUCGCUAGAAGUAUCAAAUUUACUGGUAUGAAAGAAAGACGAAAAGCCGGGAUUCUGUUCAUGGUAAUAAAACGACACCAUCACGCAAGUGCCGCAUUUUUUUGUGUUUUGCACAUGCUAACGAAGUCAGAAAGGCUGAUAAUACAUAUAAAAAAAUAAUAAUAGGCCGCCAUUAUGAAAGAGGUCCAUUAGCCAAAGCCGAUUUUUUAACUAAUGUUGUUUUCUUUCCUUUUUCCCCUUUACAGAAAGUAACAGGCGCUAAAGUUAGAAAAAUAUCUGAGUGAGUGUUCAUUUUGGAAAUCUUAACGCCUUUCCAGAACUAGAAUCUGGGACUGUACUAUUUAUCAUCUGUACGAUUUAUCGAAAGGUCGACUCUAAUUUAACUGAUUCGUGGGGAUUUGCCGGUUCGCUUUGUACGCAUUAGCGCAAUAAGGUAAUAGAGAGUUUAAGCACCGGCGUUUUUGAGCAACGCACGACAACCGGAAGUGGACUUUUUGCAAUCUUAGGCUGUGAUUUUGAACAAAUAUUCUAACAGCUCGUCUCUGUCGGAAUAAAGACACUUAGCAAUACAAAUUACGUAGCAUGAAGGCAUAUUAAAAAGGAAAAAGGUUCACUUUAGACUGACGAGCGUCGCUGAAAAACGUCGUUGCUUAAAGUCCCUGUAGAGUGUUUUCACUCACGUGGCCAGCAUCUAUGCUAAUUUAUUGGAGCAAAAGGAAACGUUUGCAUGAAAAAAGAGUUGAACUAAAAGAGGAUUGAUUUGGGAAACCAAUAUGGCCGCCCUGACGUCAUCUGAAAACACUCUAUUAGGAAGCUUAAGCAACGACGACGGCGACGUCACCGAGAACGGCAAAAGAUCAAUAGGUUUAGAUAAAGAAGAAACCCUAGCUCUUCACGGGCAUCACGCUUUAAUUUUUUGUACAUCUCUUUGCCUUCACUGCACAACUACGACGUGAAAAUCUUUAGUUUCACGGUUUGUGGAGGACAUGAACACAAGACAACGACUAAGACCUUCUUUUACUUUUCUUGAACUUUAGAAUUAUUUAGAAUUCAACUCCAGAAAAAAUUGCAAACAUUUGAUGAAUUAAACGAGAUGGAAUAAGCGAGAUAAAGUUUGAAGCAGCGCGAUUUCACUUGUUGAGUGACGUUUUCGUAACGGUAGCCGUCGCAGUCGUUGUUGUUUAAGCUGCCUAUUGACUGGAAAAAGAAGUUGGGCCAAAGAGAAAUUAAUAGGCUGAUUUAGCAACAGAACGGAAACGUCAUUUGACGACGGAAAAGCGCGCCGAAAGGACUAAACUCGACUUCCGGUGCACAAUUUGCCGCUCAGCCAUUGGUCAAGUCAGUUGUUUGAUUUGCGCGCGCCGUCGUCAACUGACGUUCCCGUUUUUUUGCUAAAUCAGCCUAUUGAGGAAGAAGGAACUGCUCCUAUUUUAAAAAUCCUGCUUGCAGGCGUCCAUUUCCCUAAUUUCGCUUCUUGAAUUACAGUCAAGAGGUCUACCAUAUAUUAAUAAUAAAUGAUAAUGAUAAUAAUAAUAAUAAUAAUGAUAAUGAUAAUAAUUAAUAGAGAGAUUAAGCAUCGCGUUUACAGCAAACGGCAAACAUGGUGAGAUUCAAGUUGAGAAAUUUUCAAAAUGAGAAAUGAACAGAUAAAAACAGCUUAAAACAAUGCUUAUGGACAGAAUUGGCGUGAAUCUACCGAUUUUCGUGUAGUUAUAACGAAUAGUAAACGAUAAGUAAAUGGAAAACUUUGUCACGUGGUACUAAUUCAGUUUUGAAGUUUGCCGUAAAUGCGAUGCUGAAUCUCUAUAUUAAUAAUUUCAGUAUUGUUUUUAGGCUUGAAAUAGUCCUUGUGAUUCACUCUGGACAACACAAUGUUCGAGUUGUUUGCAGUGAAUUAACGCACUUGGAGAAUUACACUCAGCCGCAUGCGCCAGGUAAAGUUAAUCCCAGGCCCUCUCUCUUUCGCUGAGAUCCGUUUAAUCAACAUUGUCCUACACAAACUCACUCCAAUCUAUUUUAGGAGUGGGUUUUCCAUCAACAAAUUUCGAACGCUUGGUAGCAUAUAGAGCGAUUUUCAUAUGACCUUGAAAAAUGGUUUCGGUAAGUGUUCGUUAUUUGUCUUAUUAGUCAACGGAUGAAAAGAUCAAAACGUGGCCUCUUCGUUUUCCCGCCAAAGAAAACCGUAAUAUGGAGAAGGCAUUGUUCGAUUGGCCAAUCGUGUUGCAGUAUGACGUCAAAGCCAAGUAUGGGUUGAUUUCUAGGAAGUUCUCGGGCAUGAAGCUUUUUCACCGGAGCGUUCGAUUAACCAACCAAAAGCCGCGCGCGUUUGUAUCCGUUCGCUAAACCAAUCAAAUCGCUCUAUUUCCGUUCGUUUGUUGUUUCUGUUUUGUUCGCGCGUUUUCAUUUCAUGGUCAUACGAAAAUUGCUCUAUUCUCUUAAAGGCCAGGUUUAUAUGGAGAAAACCUGUUCCGGAUCACAGGGUCAACCUCCCUGAGCAAGCGUUUAUUUUGAAAAUAUAGUUGACCCCUUUGCCCGAGUCAACAGCGCUUGCGCAUGCUCUGAUUGUCUCGCUUGACCGAGUUGACCCGGCUGGGCGAGCCAAAGUGUUUAUGCGGAGAAAAGAUGGCCCAGCUAGGAGGGUGACCCUACCAUCACAAAAGGGUGACCCGGCUUGGUCAAUCUUUUAGCCGAGCCAACUUUUUGUUUUGUGAGAAAAUGUUUGAAAAGUUGGCUCGCCCUGGGUAAAACUGUAUCUAGGGUAGGCGGGUAACCCGUCUACUCGGGACAAGUUUUUUCCAUAUAAACGGGACUUUGUGGCUGAGAUAAGCCAGGAUCUUUUUUCUUUACGAAAAACUGGAGAGUUCUUGAUUAUAGUAUAACGUCCUUUUAAUUGCAAGUUCUUCUUUAGGUGCUCUUCUUAAGGCUUGUUUUUGCCUCCUGGACAUUGUAACACUACCUUCAAGCGAACCAUUGAGUGCCCAGCUACAGAGAAAGUAUCAGGCAGGGUUUGAGCUCCACACGUGGUCGACCGCUCCUCAGGGCAGUGGCUUGGGAACGAGUAGCAUUUUAGCCGGAGCCAUUCUUGCCGCAUUGCUACGGGUUACAGACCGCACAGCCAGCUUGGACUCACUCAUUCACGCUGUGAUGAUCGUUGAACAAAUGUUGACCACUGGCGGCGGCUGGCAGGAUAACGCUGGUGGACUGGUACCAGGAUUUAAGAUGACUCGAUCCCAAGCCUCUUUACCUCUGAAGGUUGAAGUGGAACCGCUGAAUUUAUCUGAAACCACCGUGGAUGCAGUAACGAAACGAUUACUUUGCCUUUUCUCCGGAAAACCACGUCUUGCUAAAAAUUUGUUACAGGUAAUAAAGCAACUUUUCGUGUCCCAUGAAAGAGCUAUAAAAAAUGUGAAUUAAACCUUAAGCCAGAGCUAAUCAUAGAGACAUGAGCAGUUAUUCGAAUAUUUGUUGUCUUUGUGCUAUUAGUCUAUUGCAAGGUUAAUUGUUCCAAACUACUAUCAUCCCCAGGACUCACUGGCCAUUGGCUACGGUGAGUCCUGGGACUCAUUUCAAGAAAAAUCCAAAACCCAAGUCCGAAACAACCGAGUGUUAGUCUAUAAAUUAAGAGGUCCCUUGGAGAACCGUGAACGCUUGAAAUAUUUCAGGAAUGUUUAUUGUGUUAUAACCAAUCACAGCAAAGAUCAGAACAUGGGAACUAGCCACCAAACCACAAACUAAUUAACGCUCUUUCUUGCGGUUUAGUUAUCUCACGCCUGAUUGGCUUUUUUCUUGCAACACAAUAACAUUCCAGGAAUAUUUCUGGUGUUCACGAUUUUCCCGGUUUGACUGCACAUGCUUCUUGAAAGCAAUGAAUGGACAUUGGGCAAAUCGUUCUGUUGGCCAGAGCCUCUUUAGAACCUCUAAUUUGAUAGUUUCUUGUUAGCCCGAAACUUUACUGUUUCAGAGUUGCGGUUCAUUGUUAGUUUUUUUUGGGUUAGGGCUAUCUAUUGUUUUCUAAACCAAUCCUGUGAGCCGUUCUUAGAGCUUCCGGCCCACUCAAAUCGUUAGAGGGGAGUUUAUUGCAUGAUGUGAGCGCAGUGGCAAGAACAAGAUCUUGCACCAAGUGAUGAGGACAUUUUAACCUUUCAUGAUUUCCUUCCAAAACACUUUUGUAAUACCCGACAAAGGCCCUUUCCACACCAAUCCGGAUAUUUUUGAAACCGCAUGCUCUUUUAUGCGAAUCCGUCAACCUUCCGUCCUUAGAAAAUCAGUGAAUCCGCAAACCGAAACUGCAUAUUUUUGAAACCGCUCUCCAGAAUGGAUUUUUUUUGGAUCCGACGGGUUUGUUGAAUUCGUGUGGACGACUGAAACAGGCGGGGGAGGGGCGUGAUUCCAAGCUGGAUACACCACACCGAAUUCGAGUAGACGCAAAUAUCAAGUAUUCAGUUUCAGCGUAUCCGGAUUCGUGUUUACGUGGCCUAAGAAUGUGUACAUGAAUAGGAAUCGGUGGCGAUGUUCAAUUGUAACAAUUAUGGAGCUUACGCAACUACGACGGCAGAGUCAACGAGAACGGCAAAAAAGCAAUAAGUUGAGAUUGGCGUUUCUGUAUAUUUCUUUGCCGUCACUGCUCGACUACGACGUGAAAUAACUCCCUAAUUUCACUUUUUAUGGAGGACGUGAACACAAAACAACGAUAUUCUUUUUGUUUUUGUAAACUUAGAUACAGUCCUUUAAAAUUCAACUCCUGAAAAAUCGCUAACAUUUGACAGAUUAAAGGAGUUGGAAUAAGAGCGACGAAGUUUGAAACAGCGCGAAUUCACUUUUUGAGUGACGUUUUUGCUCCCGUUGCCGUCGUCGUUGCUUAAGCUCCCUUAUGUCUAAUUGAAAUGCUCCAAUAUUAAUAUCGGUGAAUUCAAUUUAAACCCUACUGAUUUCGCGUUUUUUAGGAUGUGGUCAGGAACUGGUAUGCAAGGUUUCCACACAUAACUGAAAACGCUGACAACCUGAUAACAAACGCAGAGGAAGCCGUGGAAGCACUUAAGACAGGUAAAAUUGGGAGAAAUAUUAAGCCCGGUGAAAAAAGGACGCAACAAUGUUUACCAACAACUCCAAACAUUGCUGGAUGUUACAUGUUGCGUCCGUUUGCACAACCUGUUGCGUGUUGUUGGGAGUUUUUGCGCUAAGUUUGAAACCAGUCAAACUUUUGAACCAACAGCUCCCAACAUUUCUUUUGUUCCGUGGUCUCCGAAGCGUAGCGUUACAAUGCUGCAUCGGUUUGCACAGCUCUUCCAACAUUGUUGGGGCCAUGCACGCGCAUUACACAUGGUUUACAACGUCUUACGGGUUGUAACCUUCCCACGAUGCACUGCAGAUCCCAACAUUAUUGGGAGCUGUUUCGUCCAUUUGCACACCACUGCCAACACGAACGCAACAACUUCCGACAUUGUUGGCCCAACAAUGUUGGGAGUUGUUGCAUCCGUUUCACGUCGCCUUUAGUUCUCGGACUGCAAAUAUUGGCCCGAUUGUACCAGCGUUGCCUGACAUCUUGUCACUUAAGGUUGCUACACACCAGGCAACAAUUUGCAGCAACAAGUUGCAGCGACACACGGCAGCCACAAAUCUCUGUAGUGGAGAACUUUUGUGAAAAUCUUUGUCUCCGCAAUAGAAUUUUGUCGCCGUAAGAAGUCGGACAAAAUCAAAUCAGACUGAAUUUGUGUAACUUUUGCAGCGACAAAAUUCUGUUGCUGAGACAAAGAUUUCCCAGAAAUUCUCCACUACAUACGAAGCGAUCUGUCCCUGCAACGUGUCGUGCAACUGGUUGCAGCAACUUAUCGCCCGACCUGUACAAAAGGAGCGAUUGGUCGCCGCGACGUGUUGCAGCGACAGAAUCAGCGUUAGAAUCUGUUUUUAGAUCUCGCUUUUUAUUGCAAAUCCGGAUCCAGAUUUCCCAAUUGAACACGCUCUUAUUCACCGUUUUUCAGGAAAUGUUGAGAAGUUAGGCGCCUGUAUGAAUUGUUACCGUAAGCAGAAGUGUAUAAUGGCUCCCGGUGAGUAGCUUUCAGUAACUAUUCAUUCCCUUUCCAUCAUUAGCAGGGUUUAGAAUCAGGUGAGACUCAAGUUGACAAUAUCUAAAAUUAGGAAAUGACAAAAACUGUCCAAAAUAUUUCUAAUGGAGGAAACUGGCUUGAAACUACUAAGCUGUUGUAGGUGUAAUGAACAUGCAAGAGACAAGCAAAGGGAAAUGUUGGUCGCGUAUUACAAAUAGACAGUUUGUCGUUUGCCCAAUAUAAGCCAUUUCCGAGUCACCCAAAGCCUCUGUUUCGAAAUGAGUCUUAAGGCCUGUAUAAAUGGAGAUGGGGGACCCCAAUUGGGUGUGGUAACCUGCGUAGGUGGGGUAACCCGCCUGUUCAUAUAAUGUCUCAUUUUAAUUUAGUUAUGUUUACAUGAUAGGUGGGGUGACCCGCCACAUGUUACCUCACCCAUCUAGGGCUCCCUCACCUCCAUGUAGACAGGCCUCAAGUGCAAAGCCAUUGAUAUGAAAUUGAGUUUUUAUUCUCACGCAAAUAAUACUCGUUUUCAUAGUAAGAGUUUAACGAACUCGGAAAUGGCCAUUGCUUGUCUCCCGAAGGCUAAGGAGGGUCGAAGUGGCGGGGGGGGCAUUGCAAGCUGCAAAUGGCUUGUUCUUGUCUUCCUAUUGCAAUUUGGGGCGAAUUUUUUAACACAAACAGGUGUACUCUCAUAAUUCGGGCUUAAUUUACACAAAAAACUAGGAUACUGCUUCUGUAAAAACUGAAGCUUUUAGUAAUACACACAUUUCCCACAGGAACCGAACCUGAUGCAAUACGAGAUAUGAUGGAGGCGCUGGACCCUUUCGUAUUAGGUGAGACGUUGUUUGUUUUUACCAUGCUUACCAGGCUAGUUUUCGACUUUCAUUACAAGACAACAGGCUGAACCCAGCGGUGUACUCCGGAUUUCAAGUGACUGGGAUGAUCUAAUUGGGGGCAAAAAUCAAAGCGCCAAAAAAUCCGUGGGGCUUCCGACAAAAGCCCAAAAUUUCCCUGGAACAAAAAUUAACCCCUCAAUAAAUCCCAUAUAGAACUACGCAGCCGAAAUACGCGGGCAUCACAACAUAUCUGCAGAUUGUUUUAAAUACCUAAAAAAUCCCUAUUUAAUUCAAACCACCCAAAAAAUACUUGCUAAAUUUUUCUACUACCCGCACCCCCCCCCCAAAAAAGUUCCCGGAGUCGAAGAUUUCCAACUCAGAAAAAUUCCUUCGAUGAUCCCUGUCACUUGAAAUCCGGAGUACCUCCCCCUGGGAGCCUGGGGGUUUUUCUGACAAUAGCUUUCUAAUUGUUUCAGGACAAACCUUGACCGGAGCUGGAGGGGGAGGCUUUCUGGUUCUUAUCACUAAAGAAACUAACAUGGCUGAUAAAAUACGAGCUGUGAUCGAGGAGAAAAAGGUACUAGCGCCUGAAUGUCACAUUCCAUCGAUACAAGCAAAAAAAUCAACAAAAGGGGGAAAUUGCUAACAGCAAACAGCAGUGUUUUUCUAUUACUGACAACGUUCAGAGUGUAAUCACUCACUAAAAAAAAAGCCGUUGUCGAAGUUUCCCGAAAACUAUAAUUCAGGUGAUGAUAGAGUUAAGUUUUAUAACCUGAGACACUGUGAAACAACGACAACAAAAGCAACGCGGCUAGAUUUUGCCAGGAGAUAGGUGAUGGAGUAUGUGGUCGAGGCUCUUCACCUAAGCUAGACUGUUUACAGUCCUUUAUUUUUCCAUAAGACUGUCGAGAUCGAAAUUGCGUUACGGUCGGCCGUCUUGGAUAAGGGUCAAAUCUACUUUAGGUGCAAUAAAACGGGCAACAAAGAACGUGAAACUUGUUUUGCCACGUUGCUUCAAACGAGUUGAAUAGCGAUGUUGCGCGGUUUAUCAUCACGAAAAAAAAGCUUGGAGUCAUAUUUGUUGCAAGACAGGUUCGAACAUGGGUGGUAAAACGCGCAACAUCGCUAUUCAACUCGUUUUGCUGCAAUGUUGCAAAAAAAUUCCCCUUUCUGUUUUUUUGUUACCCGUUUUACUGUAGCUCUAGGAGCGGGGACGGGUAAAAACCUCGACGUCCGCGUCGUUAGUAAAUAUGAAGCCAAGUUGGCCGACCGUACGGUAAGGUUUUGGCAGAAAGCGCUGGCAAAUGGCGCAGACAAUUGUUUCGUUUCCGUUUCAAACUUGAAAACUCUUGUUGUAGUAAGCUAUAAGAAUUGAGUAAAUUUACAUGGUAUUAAUGAUAUAUUAAACUUUGAACACUGCAAAUCAGUGUGGAGAUAAAACGCUAGCUUUUGAGUGUUUAGCUUAGCUUUUGCAAGUCUCUCGGUUUGACAUCGGUUGCAGGGUUCGUUUGUCACACACACAGCAAGUUGUUCUCUUAAGAAAUCGAUUCCCACAGUUUUGUUUUUAGAUGACUUUGCAAAGUCUUACUUUUAGAACUAAGUUCUUCAUAAUUUUGCGGUUUCAGGCUUCGGAUGAGUUCAUUUUUUACGACGUAAGCGUGGACUGGGAUGGACUGACUGUGAGAGUAGAAGAACCGUCGCAAUGAGUCAUGGACCUUCAGUAACCGCCACAAGUUAGGCCACAGUGAUGUAAUCGGUGAAGAGCAAAAGAAAUUUAGAAUUUCACUUCGAGUCAGGGAAAAUUUAAGUCUUUGAAAGAAGUCAGGGAAAAGUAAAAUUUUAAGGGUACAUUUGCAUAUUUUACGGACAUGAAUCACGUUGUAUUGGUAGAAUAUUGUUCAUGAAGUUGAACAGCAAGCUUAUGUUGGGUUUGCAAAAAAAUCAAUCCUGUUUGCACGUUAUAUUAGGGAAGGUAUCAACUCAUGUACAUUGCACGUGACUUGUGAAAGCAUAAAUAAGUGGGUUGGGGGGAUAGCUGUCAGGGGAGCGUUGAGUACAAUAUCAGAACUAAUUUGGGAAAUUGUUAAUUCAGUUGGUCAGGGAAAUUUUUCAUUGGUCAGGGAAAAGUCGGAGAAUUUCAAAAACCGUUGGCUGUAGCAACCAUGUUCUAGAUGAUGAAGAUAUUUACUUGAAUGUCACAAAUUUAAUAGAAUAUUUUAAGAAGUUAUGCGGGUAUCAGCGGCCAUCCCGAGGGGGCGACCCCCGGGCACCCAGGGGCAUUUGUCACAGCUGCAGUGACAAAUACGUGCUAAAGCCCCUGGGGUAGGGCAAAAAAUUGGGACAAAUACCCCCACCCCUGGAGCAACCUGGGCAACAUAUAAUAAGUAAUUUUUUAAAAAAAAUUCCCGUUUACUUGCAAAAACGCAUAACUCCAGCACAAGAAAAAUGGGAAAACAGUCACUUUAAGGAGAACAUUCACGUCGAGACAGGCAUGACAAAUUAUCUAUUUCAGAGGAAUCAGCAAAACAAGACUAAAGGGCUAAUACAAUUACACUAUGUUUCAUUUGAAGCUUUAAUAUCUCUGAUCAAAUAUGAAAAAAGAUCAAACUACACAGGCUGGCAAAAGACUGAUAAUCAUACUGAAAGAACGCCUAGGGACUAGGCUGAUGCGUGACGUGCCUGUCACAUCCUAGUUUUGUUGUUGGAGUUUUAAGAUGGCGGGGGUUAAAUCUUCAGACGGCACAAGGAAACGUUGAACAGCAGUUGUGCUAACUUGCCAAAACAAAACCAGUGCUCACAUUUUUCAGAAAGGUAAAUAAUUCAAUGGUGCGUAAUCUUACCUGUCGUGUUGUCCUACGCCGUGUAACUGAAAUGACGUGUCGGCGUUGUGUGAAAGCAGCCAUAUUAACGCAUUGUUCGUUUGCGAUCGCGUGCCUGUCGAAGUCAAAUUUUUUAUCCUUUGCAUAUAAAAGGCUUAAAAAGCAUACAAGUUUUCACUUGUUAAUUCAAAGUUUAUAGUAUUGUUCUAAGGUUUCGUUUAUAAGUGAAACUUUGACAACCUUGCUCUUUUCAACAUUUUAAAAAGGCUGAAGUGUUGAGAGAGCCUUUAGUGUUUAAAAAGGCUGAAAGAGCCUGAAGUGUUUAAAAAGAGAUUAUUUGUCUGACAAAUAGAAUUUUUAUGGUUUUCUCCCUGGCCUUUGGUGGAUUAAUAUUAGCAUAUAAAUGGCAGUCUCGCAUGAAAUAGGUUAUGUACCAAUGAUUAUGUAGUACCAGAAGGCACGUGGCGGUCACGGGGCAGGGGUAUGGGAGAUUUCAUUUUAUUGAACCCCCACUAACUUGUGUCACGUUCAUGACUUGUUACAUUACUUUUAAGCUGCCAUUCUUUCCUGUUUUCUUUGGUGAACACGUUUGUUUCAGUACUGUCUGCCCUCACCUUUACUGGGCCCAUUACAUUUUUCUUGGAACCAAAUAUUUUUGUCAUUUAUUUGAUAACUUUAUUGAUUAAACCGGCUCUGGGCCUUCGCCCUGAGCCAUUUCACUCC